AAGAAAAAAAUAAAGGGGUGUUGGUGCGUGAGCGAGAGCGAGGGAGAAAGAAGAGGAAUGAUGGGAAGGGUGCAAAGAUGGCGAUGCGUUUGGAAUUGUAUUCAUCGCCCGAGUCAGCAGCUGCGUCUAUUGCACGAGGGCCCUGACACCGUAGAGGAGCUUCUCGAGAGGCAUCUCGUUAAAAACAAAAACGAGAACGAGUUGGAGAAUCGGAGGCAACUCACCAGCACUCGCCGCGAAGCGCUAUGUCUCUACCGUGACAUUCUUCGGGCCACCCGCUUCUUUAUAUGGCCCGAUUCCAGGGGCAUCCUCUGGCGCGACAUACUUAGAGAGAACGCCCGAACCGAAUUCGAACAGUCCCGUUUCGAAUCCGACCCUGAAAUCGUGACCCGAUUGCUUAUUGGGGGCCGCCAAGCCCUCCACUCCGCUAUAGAUAAGCUCGCCGAGAAGCACAAACAACGCUGAUUUAUUUGCUUAUUUCAUUUUGUUGCCCGCUGUUAGGUGCAGGGAAGGACCUGUUCUUUAGGUAUUGAGGCAAACUUCUAGUGUUGUGGAAUAUUUGGUCAAACAAGCAGACUGCUGUUCUCGCAUACCAGACAAUUUGUUAACAGUUAUGAUAACAAAUUUAUCGUGUAUAUCAAAAAAAUUGUUGUAUAUAAGAUGAACUGUCUAGUAACACUACCAUAAUGUGUUUGCUUAUCAUGUUUCCUCCCCA